AGCCGCGCUCGGGCCCGAGAGGUGGGCAUCGCAGCGCCCUUGCAGCCCGAUCUUGGCCCGUGCGGGUUCUCGGCCUCGGCCUGGCCGCGAUGCUCGCCAGUGCCGCGAUCGCCAGCGCCACCUCCUGGGCCUCCGGCGCCGCGCAGAAUUAUGUGUCCGGCGUCGGCUCUGGCCAGCAGGCGAAUUUCGCUGCGCAGCAAUUUCAAAAGAGGCUCUCCGCCAUAGACUACACGCUUCAAUGGCAGAACCUUCACCGGGAGGAUGUCAGAGACCUGGUGGGGCUGACCGUCGGGCGAAUGGACAUUUACCACGUGGUUGGAACGCUGCUUCUCACCUUCGGCAUACAAUGGUUCUCCACGCAGAUGGACAGCGAGGAUUUAGAGGGCUUCUAUACCUUGUUCAUCAUGAGCAACUUCUGCUCCGUCGGCUAUCUCAUCAUGUCCGUCUGGCUCGCCAUGCACGCCUCGAUCGCUGCUCAAGCGAUCGGCUGCCGGCUCCUCACGAGCAACAUGCGCCUCGCGCUUCCAAGCAAGUGCGAGCUUGAGCGCAUCUCCGUGUCCAUCACUCCGGGCCUCGACCGGAUGGUGGCCCUCGGGAAGUGGGCGGAGGCCAAGAUCACGUCGAGGCCAGAGCAGGAGGAGAGCGAUCGGCAGUCUGCAAGGAAGCGCGCGGCGAUGGCGCCCGCUGCGGCCAGCGCCGACGGCGCACAGGCGAACCGCGGCAGGGGGCGGCCCGACGCACACAGGGCCGCCUCAUCGGCGGACGAGGACAUGGCACCUAUGCAGCGGAUGCAGACGGCGGUCAUGUCCCGCCUCUGUGCGGCUGGGGGCGCGGCCGGGGAGCUGCACCUCGACGCCGGCUGGGCGCGCACCCACAGCGCCGCCUCGGUGCUGCCGGGCACAGGGCAGCCCCCGCAGCCGCCCGGGCGCGAGGGCCGGGAGGAAACAGCGCCCCCCCGGCACCCCACGGCGCGGCGGCCCCAGCACGAGGCGACGCAUCAGAGCGCCUUCGCGGAGCCCCCGAGUGGCGGCUUCGGGCGGGAGGAGGCCGACGACGUCGACCACAUGCUGCGACCGUGGGAGAGCGACCCGCGCAGGGCGAUGGAGAGGAGGUACGGUGCUGCGGCGGAGGACUGCGACGUCGACCGCCAGAGGCACUUCCGCCGUUUCCUGCGCGAGCAGCAGCACUGGCUCGGAUAUGAUGCGUACUCGCGCGUGUGCAUGUCUUGCGGGCUGAACCAGAUGCUGCAGGCGUUGUCCUAUUCAGUGCUGGGGAUCGUCUCGGCCAAGAGCUAUCCUACUGCCGUAGGCGCUUUCUGUGGCAUACAGUUUCUGUCCGUCCUGAUCCUGCAGCUCGACAUGCGCGGGGCCCUGAGGGGUCGGAAGGAGAAGUCCGCCGUUUUCCUUCUGUUGACGCUUCCUCCCCUGGUGCCCGCCUGUGUUUACUGGUCUCGCCUCUUCGCGAAGGAGUGGCAGGCCUUGUCGAUCUCGCCUUGCUUCUUCCUUCACGGGAUGUGGGCCUUGUACAUGUUCUGCGAGAUGAGGCCCGUGCCCCUCGGGGAAGUGGGCGGGCCGUUCGUGGCCUUGGUCCCGCAGCGGUUCCGCGCGGUCACGCACCUGAACGUGGUCAAGCUGAAGGAGGACUCGCAGGCGCCGCAGGAGGACGUCAGGCGCGAGCUGGAGGAGGCCCGGAGAAGUACGUCGGAGUACAUCAGGGAUCGCACGACGGCCGAGGACGAGAGGGGCUCCGCGACCGUCGGGGACCGCGCCUUCGCCGCCGCCGCGGUGCGGCCGCGGCUGGCGAGGGCGCUGCUGGCGGCCACAGAGUCGGGCGUGCACCCUGACGAGCUUCACAAGGCGGAGCGCAUGCUGGAGCGCCUGGACCUGUGGGAGAGGGCCCCGCAGAUCCUGGCCGCGCUGGAGGCGCUGAGGAACGAGCACGUGCAGGAGUACAUCGACGAGCUCCAGAGGGCCGACGUCGAGGGCACGUACAGGGAGUUCCUCCGGCGGUGUCAGGACCUCCGCCUCGGCCUCGUGCAGCGCCCUUCGGAGGGCGCCGCGAGCAUCGGGGCGGCCCACCACCAUGGCGGCGGCCCGUCGCCGCUGGCGGCGCUGCCGCUGGAGGACGCCGUGAGGCGAAGCGUGCGCGUGUCCAUCUUCUGCGGCGCCACGCCCUACGUCGUCUGGGUGGACACGGAGACGGGCGCCGUGGAUGAGCGGGCCGCGCCGCCGCCGGCGGGGGGCGCCGUCAGCUUCCAGGGCGCGCUGGCGGACGCGAGGGGCCUGCCGCCGCCGAGCGCGUCGCUUGUCUCGGCGGACUGCUCGGCCGCCGCCGCGGAGGGGCCCGCCGAGGAGGAGGGGGGCGCAAGGCGAGACUCGAUGGAGUCCAAGUCUGCCGACUUCCUGCCGGGGAAGACGGUGCGGCGGUUUUCCGCCUGCACGAUAGCGUGGUGGUUCCUGGCCGGCCUCGCCCACGUGACGAUCGCCACCAUGAAAUUGGCCGGCGCCGAUGUGGUGCUGCCCGACGGCACGGUCGUUUACGCCACAUGGCCCGCGCCCGCCAGCGCGUUCGAGGUGUCGUCGCUGCAGUGCAACGAGACCCACCUGCUUGCCCAGGGGCCCUACGCCCUCUACGCCGCCGAGAGGCGGACGGCCGCCCUGGGCCCCUUUGGGAGGCUGGCCGCCGCCGGAGCUGCCCCCGCGGCGCUGCUCUGCGGCGACGCCCUCGGCUUGGACGGCGCCCGCGGCUGUCAGGAGUUGCACAUACGGGACGCAGGCGCGGGCGGCACCACGGCGUCGCUGAGGGCGGCGUCAGCCGCCGCAGGCGCCGCGGGCGACCCGCCGCGCGUCCCGGUCCCGCCCGCGUGGCGCCUGCCGGCCCUGACGUGCGCGUCGUGGGCGUGCGGCUCCUUGCUGCUGGCAGCCUGGGACGGCGAGGCCGUGGUGGUCUCGUCGCUGAGCCGCGCCGCCGAUGGGCACGAGGCCCGCUGGACCCUUGAGCCUGGCUUCCGGCUGACGCCCGCCCUCGCCCCGCGCUGCCCGCCCAUCUGGGCCCAGCGUGUCGCGGGGUGCCUCACCGACGCCGCGGGCGGCGCCGCGUACGGCGGCAUUCGCGGGCUCUGGCUGGGGCCCAGGGGCGCCUCGCUGGGGGUGUUGGCCAGCGGCGGCAGCUUCCUGGACGGCUGGGACCUUGAGCGGGGCGUGUUCCUGGGCCGUUGGCAACUCGGGGGCGGAGCUGCCGUGGCGGCGUGCCACGGCGGCCAGGAGUGCUGCCGGAAGCUCUCACGCCGGCGGCGCGCCGAAGGGGCUGGCGCGAGGGGGUCGGCUCUUCCAAGAAGGAGCUGCUCUUCGCGAGAGCGGGCGGCCUCGGUGCACCUCCGGCGCUGGUGUCGGUGCCCCUGCCCCUCGCCUUGCUGGCGCCGCGCGCGGGCGCCGCGGAGGCGGCUGGGGCGCACAACGCGAGCGGCGGCAAGGGCUGUGAGGGUACCCAGGCCGUCCUCAUCGUCUGAGCCCACACGGGCCAGCUUGCGUCUGCGGUCUCCCGAGGCUGCUGGUUACGGGGAGUCCCUUGUAUACUAACCCGCCUCCUUGCACUGACGACCUUGACGAGGCUCGUCAGGGUCUGAGGCGGGAGCAAGCCGCGCUGGGAUCUCCGGCGGCGGGCUGCCUUGUAUUCGAUCUUCGAUAUCAUAGCCGUGGCUUGCACCCAGAUAGCCACGUAUGUGCGCCAACCAGCUGCUUCUCACAGGAGAUCCUCUCAUGCAUUGGUCUGGGAGUCGAAGCAGCGAUCAUAAAUCAAUGUGUUGCUGGUUUCCUCUCUGGCCCAGUCGAAGCAUAGGAGCGGGUUUGUUGCCAGGAGAAGGCUUGAAGGAAUUGUUUCAAUGGCCCCUCCCUCUGAGAAGCAUUUCUGAGAGCAGCUUCAACCUUCGGAGAUGCUCUGCGAGGUUGGACGAGGAGGAGAUAUAGGGGACGUCGCCGAAGAGGACAACCCCAGCCCACUUCUCCGCCCCCCCCGUCCAGGUCCAGGCUCCU